AAACUCCUUGAAGACUGUUGUGACCCCAGCCAAUUCUUUGCAAUGACAAAAGAGAAUUCUCCCGUGGGAAAGAAUCUCUGGUUUGAUGGGGAAUUUCUAUACUCCUUCACCAUCGACAACAAAACCUUUUCCCUUUUCCCCAAGGCAACCCCAUUCCAGCUGCCCUUGAAGAAGUGCUCCGUGGUGGGAAACGGUGGGAUUCUGAAGAGGAGUGGCUGUGGCAGACAGAUAGAUCAAGCGGACUUUGUCAUGCGAUGCAAUCUUCCACCUCUCUCGAGUCAAUACAGCCAGGACGUCGGGUCAAAGACUCAGCUGGUCACAGCAAAUCCCAGCAUCAUUCAGAAAAGGUUUCAGAACCUUCUGUGGUCUCGAAAAGCCUUUGUGGACAGUGUUAAAGUCUACAACCAGAGCUUCAUCUACAUGCCCGCCUUCUCCAUGAAAGGGGGAACAGAACCGUCACUCCGGGUUUACUACACCCUUGCAGACAUUGGUGCAAAACAGACUGUGAUCUUUGCUAACCCCAACUUUUUGCGUGAUACUGGAAAGUUCUGGAAGAGCAAAGGGAUUCACGCCAAGCGGUUGUCGACGGGCCUCUUUUUGGUCAGCGCGGCCCUGGGUUUGUGUGAAGAAGUAACGAUUUACGGUUUCUGGCCUUUUUCGAUGGACCUGCAUGGAAAAUUUAUCAGUCAUCAUUACUACGAUAACGUCUUGCCAGAUUCAGGAUUCCACGCAAUGCCGGAGGAAUUCUUACAGCUUUGGUUUCUACACAAAAGCGGAGUGUUGCGAAUGCAGCUGGAACGGUGUGAGGACCCUGUACCUCACUCUGCCACCUGAGAACCUGAGGGAAAUUCUGAGGAAAAUGCUUGCUCCACGUUCUAAAAAAAAAAAAUAUUGCCUGAACAAGGAGGGGAGAAUUAGCCCCUUGAAUGGAUCGCAUGGACCAUUCUGAUAAUAGUUUUUCCAUUGACAACUUGAAAAGAAACUGAGGAAGCAGCAUUGUUAAAAAGCAGCGUUCUGUGAGCUUCUUGGUGAAUUUUGAACUGCAAAAUGGUGGGAUUGGAUGUAGCGUUGCCAAGGUGUUGGACUUCAGAGGGCAUUAAGGGGGUUGAAGAAGGGUAGGAUGAUUUAAAAAAAAAAGGCAUUUAAUGACAAAGCUGAACACUUCAUUUUGCUCCAGUUUAAGACUGAUAACCUGGCCAGUUGGGUACACAUUUCUUUUCUUUGUUUCUAAAGCUGGAUUUUGAGAGGUGCCUGGUUUCCCUCCAAAAGUGUCAUGAGUGGUCAAACUGUGCCAAUUUCCUCUCUUUUUUAAAAAAAACAAUAGAGGACUGCUUUCAAUAGUGGUAUUCUACAGCGGUAUGCUUGUAGCACUUAAAACAGGAAAAAAUGUUUUUUUAAACGAAAAA